AUGGCGCAUCAAGAUAGUGUCGGCAUCGAAGAGAUUUAUGAUUACAUCAUUUGCGGUGGCGGAACCUCAAGCUGUGCAAUCGCAGCUCGACUUGCAGACAAUUCUACUGUAUCCAUUCUUAUUGUUGAAGCCGGGGCUAGCAAUGACACAUAUCCCGCUACUGCAAUCCCUGCUGCAGUUUCACAGAUACUUGGAACUGAAGCCGACUGGAACAUCAAGAGCGAGCCUUGUGAAGAGCUCGAAAAUCGUCGGUUGCAUCUUGCGAGGGGAAAGUUUCUUGGUGGAAGCAGCGGUUGUAAUGGAACAUUGGCUAUUCGUGGGAAUCGACAAGAUUUCGAUAAUUGGGGUCUUGAAGGGUGGAGUGGAGAUGAGAUGUUUAAAUACAUGUCAAAGGCUGAAGCAUUCCAUAACAAGCCAUGGUUCGAUGCCGAGAAAGAUGCACAUGGAUAUAAUGGUCCUGUUAUCACAUCUCCCCAUGAUCCAGCACCGAUUUCAAGUCUUGUGCUUGAAUCAUAUCAAUCAAUGGGACUACCCUUGAUCCCAGAUAUGUUUAGUACCGGCAAAAGUGCACAUGGCUGCGGACACGCUGUUCGAACAGUCUCCCAAGGCACUCGUACUAUGUCUACAGAUUACAUCACAAGUUCCACGGAAAAUUCAGGUAUAUCAAUAAGAACAAACACAUGUAUUGAUCGCAUUAGCCUUGAAAAGGAUAAAGCUGGUGCGCUACGAGCUAAGGGUGUCUUCCUGCAAGAUACCACUGGUCAGAAAUCUUUCGUAAAAGCUCGCAAAGAAGUUAUCAUCUCAGCAGGAACAUAUGGAAGUCCAGCAAUCCUCCUCCGAUCUGGAAUCGGCGCCAAACAAGAAGUUGAAAAGCUUGGAAUCCAAAGCCAAGUUGAUCUCCCAGGUGUUGGAAAGAAUCUGAUGGAUCAUUUGGUUGUCCUUUCAUUCUAUGAAGUCUCCAAGCCAGCUCUCACCAAUGACCAUCUUGUUUGGCACCCCGGUGGAAAAGACAAAUCGUUAGCUCAGUAUAAAACCGACAAAACCGGAUUUUUCUCUCAAUUCCCAUUUGGAACUUUUGCAUUUGCUCGUCUAGACUCCAGACUCUCAGAUUCCCACCUCUGGAACUCCGCUUCCCGCGUUAAAGGUCUCGAUCCAAUGGGUCUCUCACCCACCCAGCCCCACGUCGAAUUCUGGAACACAGAAUGCUAUAGUCCAAAAUACAUGUUCAGGGACUUUCCCCCAGAUGGCAAGUACGCGUUUGCAAUGGCUACGGAAUUCUUCGCGCCACGAUCGCGAGGUGAAGUCAGUCUCAAGUCAAGCGACCCUACGGAAAACCCUAUCGUGAAUCAUCGGUAUCUCGAAGAUCCCUUGGAUAUGCUCGUAUUCAGCGAAGGGUGUCGCAUGGCGAAUGAAAUUGCAAUGAAGGGGGCAGGGACGAAGGAUAUUGUGAUUGGAUCAUGGCCACGCUCUAGAAAUCAUCACACGUUUACUGCGCGAGAAGAAUGGGUACCUAUUAUCAGAUCCAAUGCAGAUACAUAUAAGUCUCCUCUUUCCCAGAAGUCACUGUCUCGCUAUCAUCCAGCCGGAACAUGCAAGAUGGGAAGACCCGACGAUGCUCUAGCUGUACUUGACGAAAAUCUCAAAGUGCGCGGGAUCACCGGUCUUCGCGUCGCAGAUGCAAGUGUGAUGCCCUCUCUCAUCGGAGGACAUCCCCAAAUGCCCGUUUACGGAAUCGCCGAAAAAGCUGCGGAUCUUAUUAUUUCUGAAGAGUGA